CAGGUACCAGCACCCCGGCCUUUAGGCCAGGGUUCUCGUCUGCUCUGACAAGGUGGAUUGAGUUUUCUGCGUGGCUGUAGCAGUCAUCAGGCCUACAGGCCUGUGAAACGAAAAGACCAAGACAAUGACCUCAGGUCUACGCCGCUUUUAAUAAUUAAAUAUUUUAUUCCUUGGUGUGCACGGGACUUAGAGAAGUGAGUACGUCCAGUCUCUGCCAUUAAGCACCUGCCAGCUUGAGUUAGGCAGACAAGACGAUUAUCUAGAAUGUUUCCUGAGCAGCAGUAUGUGCAGGCUACAGCCAAGUAACUAGGGAUUCAAGGAUGAAAAAGACACGAUCCUUGCCCUGAAGAGCCCUCGGCUCGUCGGGAGACUGCCACGUCAGUGACAAGCCACACGUGGAGUGACGGGAGUCCUGGUGGGGGCACAGUUCUUGGAGCACAGCCGGCAGUUGUCGGGCUCAGUGGGUUCAAGGACCACCCCUCUCCAUCAAGUGGGUCAGCACAGAGCCAAGCUGAGUUUGCGCCUUCCCUGGGGAGCCGUGGGCCAGAGGGCUGAUAGCACUUUCCUGUUGGUUCUUGGUUCUCAUCUGUUUCCUACACCUGAGCUCAAACUCCAGCCUGGCUGACUGGGGCCGUGAUCCUCUGCCCUGGUUCCGCCUACCUCCCCGGCAGAGAUGCUCCCAUAUUUGUGCAUGCUUCCCUCAGCCUAGAUGGCCUUCCAUCACCCUCAGUUCUGGCUCUCACCUGAUGCUACCUCCCAGAAGCUACCUCCAAUAGAGCCUUCAGAGAAUGACGUUUACCUGAAUCCAAGUCAGGUGUAUCUAAGCAUUUUCGUUUAGAAGAAACCAGACUCUCAAACUCUUGUCAAGUUGGGAAACCUGUCCAGUCAUUUUAUGCGUUGCCUCUGUGCAUGGGAGAGUGGGUGAAAGCCCAAGUACCCCCUUUAACUUAAAGGGAAUUCAAAGCAUUUGUACCUCAAAACGUAUGUCACUUGGGACAUUAUCACCCAGAGCACCACGUUUUAGGGUGAGACAGCCUGUCAGGAGAUGGACCUCCCAGUAGAUCGGGCGACCAGCACAGGUCAUGGGAGGUCUUCUCAGGGAUGACUUGAGGACUCAGAACACGAUCUGCUUUCUUUGGAAAGUGUUUUCUCCUAAUCUUGUGGAGGAUUUCUUUUGCUAGCAGUUAAAGAGCCUGAAGCUUGUCAAGGCUUUAUCCUGGAAUUGCAUUAGUUAGCGCUGAGGGAAGAGGCAGGUCAACAAAACUCAGAAAUAAUACAGAAAAGCAAUAGAUGAAGGUUCUUAACCAAUGAGACGUGAGCCAUGCUGGUGACGCUUCUACAAGCAACUACCACUGGAACCGACUGAUUCCUAUUUGAACUCGUGGUGAAGUUGGAAUUCUUUUAGAUGGGAUUAGAGACAGAGAAUGUCAGAUUUUUUAGACAAUGCAAGCAAGAUCGUAGUUGAUUGUUCCCUGGGGUUUUGGCCUUCAGUGGAUGAGUUGGCUCCAGUUAAGUGCCACAAGGAGAAUGGGAGCCGGGUAAGGGAACCAGGGAGUGGGGUCAGGGAGGACUGCCUGAGAAGGGCCCUCAGAGCAGAGCUCUGAAUGAGUGAGGGGCCAGCACCACCAACACCUCCUCUCAGGACCUGUUUCUAGGAGCACCCAGGUGCUGAGGCAGGAAGGAAUGUGUGGCAAACCUAAGGAUGGCUGGGGCAGGGGGGAAGCACAGGGGCAGCAGUGUGAGGGGAGCCAGUGGGGAUUUGGGCAGAGAUGUGACGGGGGUUCACUGGCUGCUCUGUGGAGGAUGGACCCAGGGGAGGGCUGGGAUGAGGGUAGGAGCGAGUUUCAUCCAGCUCAGAAUCCAGGCUCCAAGUGAUGGGAGGUACCUUCCAUGAGGGUCACAUGUGGCUCCCACAGCCUGUAACUCCAAAAGCACGUUGUCUGGCCCCAAAUACAAGAAGUAGAGAAGGAGCAAGUAAAGGGCUGGGAAAACUCCAGUUUGGGGAGCACGCGGCAGUUGUUGGUCCAUGGUACACAUGAGUCCUACUGGACGCAGGUGUGGAGAUGCUGGCCCCUGGCAGAGGAAUAAGAAUUCCUUGGUUGGGACUUCCCUGGUGGCGCAGUGAUUAAGAAUCUGCCCGCCAAUGCAGGGGGCACGGGUUCGAGCCCUGGUCCGGGAAGAUCCCACAUACCGCAGAGCAAUGAAGCCCAUGCACCACAACUACUGAGCCUACAUUCCAAAACUACUGAAGCCCGUGCGCUUAGAGCCUGUGCUCCACCACAAGAGAAGCCACUUCAGUGAGAAGCCCGUGCACCGCAACGAAGAGUAGCCCCCGCUCGCCACAACUAGAGAAAGCCCGCACGCAGCAACAAAGACCCAACGCAGCCAAAAAUAAAUUAAUUAAUUUAUUAAAGGAAAAAAGAAUUCCUCAGUUAGCAACUGAGUAAACGAUGAUGCCAUCUACUGAGAUGAGGAAGACUGGGAAGAGUGAGGUUGUGGGGGGUGGGUUUCUGGGAAAUAAGUGCUCUGUUUGGUCAUGUCCAGCCUGAGACUCGUUAGAUGUCCAGGUGGGAUACGUGAGCAGGGAAGGGAAGGGGGCCAUGUUCCCAUGCCUCCCCCACCCCUUCCCUGCCCAUCUGCCCCUUCAUAACUCAGCACUCAAAGACCUCAUGGCUGUGUCCCUCCCAAACCCUCGUUUACUCUAAUGUUCGUGGUCUUGUUUCUCCCCAGCCUCAGAAGGGUUGUUGGUGCUCUUGUCUUUGUUGCAGAGUUUCUGUCCCAGAGCUGCAGUUAGCAGCUUGGGAAGGCGCGGUGUUGCGCCUAAAGCAAGGCCUUUCUGGAGAAGCGGGGUUACAAGGGGGCGCGCACGGCUGGGGAAUUUUGCUGCUGGCCAUUCUCCUUGGCCCUUGCCGGCUUCCAGUGGUCCUUCCUCUCUCCUGGGGACAAGAAGGAUGGAAAAGCCCCCAGGCAAAAAAAAGAAGGCACAGACCCCAGAGGAAGAAGUACGUGUUCAGAAGGACACUCCCAAGGAAGAUAAAGCAUCUAGGAAAAAGAAGCCAAACCAGAGAUCCACUUUGGCCAAAAAGCACAGUAAGGAACCCAGCCUGAGUCGUGAGGACGAGGAACACAUGUUUGAGGCCUUCAGUGCUACAUUUAAAGAUGACUUUGAGGGGGUUCCUGCGUUCACUCCCUUCCAGAGGAAGAAGCCCUACGAAUGCGGCGAAUGUGGGCGCGUCUUUAAGCACAAGACGGAUCACGUUCGCCACCAGAGAGUCCACACUGGAGAGAAGCCCUUCCAGUGCGCCCAGUGCGGGAAGACAUUCAGGCACAGCUCCGACGUGACCAAGCACCGGAGGAUUCACACCGGAGAAAAGCCCUUUAAGUGCAGUGAGUGCGGCAAAGCCUUUAACUGUGGCUCAAAUCUCCUAAAACAUCAGAAAACCCACACUGGAGAGAAGCCGUACGAAUGUAAGGAAUGUGGGAAAACCUUUGCCUACAGCUCAUGUCUUAUUCGCCAUCGGAAACGUCACCCACGGAAGAAGCACUGAGUGUGGGCAAGCCAUCCAGACUCAGAGCUUUGUGCCCGCAAAAACUGUCCUGGCAGGCCUGCCUGGGGCUCCUCCUCCCUGGCGUCUGAUCGGGCUGGGGGUCCUGCCGUCACCAGGAAAACUGCCCCAGCCAGGUCAGCAAACACCGGUGUGGCCAGAGACCUUUCUGGUCUAGAGAAUCUCCAGGGCAAGACAUCAUGAUAACAAGGCAGCUCCUCACAGCUGUGGCACCAGGGAGGCGAGUGUACAAACUGCUGUCCAGGGGACAGGCUUCAGACCCGAGCACAGUCAGCACCUCCCACUGCCACCUCCGCCUGUGACUCCCAUGCUGGCUUCGGCCCUCCCACCGGCUCCUUUGAAGACUGUGCUGCAGACCUUUGGCCCACUGGGUCCCAAGUCCAUCUCCAUGCAGCCCGGCAGGAGGCCUGUGGCCCUGAGCUGGAUGACAGUGCUUCCACAGCGAGCACUGGGGACCCCAGUGUCCCCCUGGCUGGCUCUGGUGGCGGUGCUGUGCUUUGUCCUCUGCCUUCCCUCCUCUCUGGAGAACCAUUCCUUGAACUUGGCCCCUGCUCCCAGGAACUGGGCUCUCUGUGUGUCCUCCUACAUCAGCCAUCAUCCCAGCUGAGCAGCCUUGACUUACCAGGUGGACCACUCAGGACACUAAAUGCCGCCACUGUGGGUGCUUCCUGCCCUGGCCGUGUGAGGCCCCGGGAUGUUGACGGCAGCUUGGAUGCAGCCUUUGCCUGCCAUGCGGCCUUUCAGACACGAGACGGUGGGCCUGCCCCCCAGGGCCAGCUCUCCGUGCAGGUAUUUCUGUCCUUUUUCGGCUGUGAAAGCGGAUCCGCCCCAAAGCAAGAAGUUCCUGAUGAAAUAUGCAUGAAAAAGAACCUCACAACUAGCAAAACUUCCAUGUUCCUGAGCUCCAGGGAGGAACAGAGAUCAAGAAGGAAGGGAAGAGAAAGGCCGUGGUAAGAAAGGACACCCCUGCGGUGCACAUGCUAGGCUGCAGGAGGGGCGUGCGGGGACACGGCGCGGAGGGCUGUCACUGCAGCGCGGGCGCUGUCACUACAGGGCAGGCAUUGUCACUGCAGGGCAGGUGGCCGGGCAGCAGACACUCCACCCUCGGGCAGUGCCUGCCGUCGGGUCAGGUGGAGGUGGAGGGAAGUGUUCCGUCUGAUAGGCCGCGUGAAGGCAGUGAGAUGAAAAGGGGAAGCAACCGCAGGGAGCUGUCUCGAGAUUCUGAGGCGCUCAGCCCCUGCCCCUCAGCCAGGAGUGCUGUAGGACAGGCUCCAGGAGGAAACAGCUCAGGCCAAGUCAGAACCUCCUUGGCCUCGGAGCUUGUCCCGGCAAACGCCCUUCAGGGUGUCCCCUCCCCACUGAACACGGGAGAACGGUUAAAGCAGCGACCGCAGAAACACGUCAGGGCACCUGAGUUACCGCGCAGGCUCCCCGCUGCCGGGGCCAGCACGGAGGGCGCUGGGACGGCAUGACCUGGCGUCAGAGCGAAGGCACAGAGGACCUUGAACGGGCGUGGGGACACCUGCGGAUGUCCCGGGGACGUGACGUCUGUGGUCCUUCGUGCCAGACCCUGUGCCCUGAGGGAAGCUGGCGGUGCGGGCCACGGAGCAGGCGGGGCUGACGGGCUUCAGCCCAGGUCGCCCUCGCCAGGUCCACUGCACCCCUGGGGAGGCUCUGGGCACCAGCAUGUCACCUGGGCUUUAUUUCUAAUGGCCGCUCAUGUCUGUCCCCAUUUUGGGCACCGAGAUGUGAUCAUUCCUUUCUUCUGCCGGUGAGCUAGACACCAAGACGCGCUGCAGAGUGACACUGGGCUGGCCUGGGCCCUGGGGGCAAGGCCAGGGCUCCGAGUCGCCCUGCUUGCAGUGGAAGCCCCUGGUGCUGGGGCACUUGGGCAUUUGCUCUGGAGCAGCACAGACAGAGGUCACGGUGAGGGUGGGGUUUUCAGUGAGCAAAGAUGGCGGGGUAAAGGGGGUGUCUCGAGGCCCACGGAAACAGUGUUGGGACCAGAGAGGGAAAUGGUGGGGGACAGGGCGGGAGUGACCCGGGAUCCACUGCCUGGGGUCAGGGCUGUGCUCUGAGAGGCAGCCGGUGUCUUCAAGGACCCCUGCCCCGAGCUCGAAGUUCACUGCCUCCUGGCUGCUUGCGCACAAACUCCAGCCACCUGUCAGCAAAGCCGGGAGCCGGAGGUCCUCCUCUUGACCAGAGCCCCUACAGGAUCCAGGCCCAGCCACAGGGCGAGGCUGACGCUGCGGACUCCACGGACGGGGAUUUCCAAGGCCUGAGGACAGCCGUCCCUUGGGGUGAGCUCCCGGCGCCCCGGCCCCACUGCCCACAGCGAUCUCGGCACUGGGCCGCCCCGGUGUCAGGUACAUCCGACACAACCUGUGAGCUCCCUGUGGGCCCGCGUGGCCUGUGUCCCUGCAGCCUCACCCACGCAGCAUUCUGGUCCCGUUUGCCUUUAGUGUCCUGCCUCUUGGUGUUACUGCGUGUUUGUUUCCUGGAGAGCUUCAGCACUGGGGGUGCUGCUCUCCUCAUGCCCCCCUGGUGGACCGAGGUGGCCAUGGGCUACAAACGCCUGUGCACAGCGGGUGGCCUUGGGCCUGUGCUGGGGCGGACGCUUUCCCCAGUCUAGUGUUGCUGACUGUUAUUUUUAGUCCUAGAAAUGCAACUUUCCAACUAGUCAAAUUUGUUGAACUUUUACUUGAUUAUAUUUUCACAUCCUUCAGUCCGUGGAAAGCAAGUGUGGUCUACCUUUGGGGUAGAUGUUCUCUUUUGUUCUCUCCUCGCUUUCCCGGGGCUUGCUUUUCACGCGGUGUUCUCUUAACCCAGACGGCUGUUGCGCUGGUCCCCACGUUUCUUCCCAGAUGCCCUGGGCAUCCGUCAGUGCUUCCUUGUCCUGCUGCCUCUGGAUCUUGUUUUCUCCUACAAUAAACAUCUGUUCUGACCUGUU